AUGUUACGUGUAAUUGAAUUAUUCAGUGGUAUUGGUGGUAUGCAUUGUGCUCUUGAUUUAGUUGAUCUCAAUUAUGAAAUUAUUGCUGCUAUUGAUAUAAAUCCAACAGCAAAUCUAGUCUAUGCAUCAAAUUUUCCUGAUGUUCCAGUAAUGAAUCGUACAAUUGAAGGAAUACCUUUAAAUCAAUGGGAAAAAUGGCAUGCAGAUAUUUGGUUAAUGUCUCCUCCAUGUCAACCAUUUACUCGUCAAGGUAAACAAGAAGAUUUAAAUGAUCGUCGUACAAUUGGAUUUGUUUAUUUAAUGAAAACAAUACUUCCUCAAUUACAAUCAAAACCAAAAUAUAUUCUUCUUGAAAAUGUUUCUGGUUUUGAAUAUUCUCAAGCACAUCAAUUAUUAUUAAAUACACUUGAAUCACAUAAUUAUAAUUAUCAACAAUAUCUUCUUUCACCAAUACAAUUUGGUAUACCUAAUUCACGUCUUCGUUAUUAUCUUAUUGCUAAACAAGAAGAAAAAUUGCUUGAUAUACAUUCAUCUUCAAUACAAACUCGUAUAUCAAAUUUUGAAAGAUUAUAUGAAAAAAUUCGUCAACAAUUUCCAUCAAAAGAAUUUUCUUUUGAAGAAAAUUCUUUUCAUGAAAAUGAUCAAAUAACUGAUAAAUGUAGUCAUUCAUCUGAAAUACUUAUUCAAUCUAAUCAAUCAAUGUUAAUAAAUGAUUUUUUAAUUUCAAAUGAAAAUUCUGAUUUUGAAUUAGAUGAAAAACAAUUAAAACGAGGUUUACAUGUUUGUGAUGUAAUUACAUGUCAUGCUAAACGUUCAUUUUGUUUUACAAAAUCUUAUGGAAAAUAUUUUGAAGGUACAGGUUCAUUAUUUCGUACAUUAUCAAAUCGUAUACGAUAUUUUACACCAAAAGAAAUAGCUAAUUUACAUUGUUUUCCAUUAAAUUAUCAUUUUCCUGAACAAAUUACAAUUCGUCAAGCAUAUUCAUUACUUGGUAACAGUUUAAAUGUAUUUGUUGUUGGAGUUUUACUUGAAAAUCUUUUCGAGCGCUCUUAA